AUGGCUGACGGGGCGUACGAGGAUACAGCUGAGCGCCUGGAGUCCCUCGCCCUCAAGGGCAAGGGCCGCGGUGGCGGUGGUGGUGCCGCGGGCAAACGGGGUGGUGGAGGUGGCCGUGGCGGAGGCGAGCAGAACAGAGAGAUGAUCAUCAGCAAGGCGCUGUCGAAGCUGUUGCGGCACCAGGCCGCGGACGCUGGGGUCGAGCUGGACGCAGAGGGUUUCGCCGGCUUGGACAAGGUGCUUCAAUGGCAACGCAUCCGCUCACUCAAGCCAACAUUCGCGGAGAUCAAGGCUGCGGUAACAGAUAACGCCAAGCAGCGCUUCAGCAUGAAGCCCGCCCCAGGCUCAGAUGACCCCGAGUCUACCAACCCAGCGGAUUGGCUCAUCCGUGCCAACCAGGGCCACAGCAUCAAGCUGGAGAGCGAGGGCUUGCACACACCUAUCACCCUUGACAACAUCCCAGAGGUCGUCGUUCACGGUACCUACUUCGCCUUCUGGCCCCAGAUCGUCGAGAGCGGUGGGCUGAAGAAGAUGACCCGUACGCACGUUCAUUUUGGCACUGGAAUUCCUGAAGACAGGCAAGAAAUUUCCAAGGACGCCAAGGAAUCACAAGUUCAUGACGCCGGCGAUGAGGCGGCCGCCGAUGCUGCCAAGGAGCAAGGCCAGCCCAAGGUUAUCAGCGGCAUGAGAAACGAUGCCGAGCUGUUGGUCUUCGUUGAUGUGGCAAAGAGCAUCAACGAUGGCGAGAUGAAAUGGUGGUUGAGCUCGAAUGGCGUGGUCUUGACCGAGGGCAACGCCGAUGGUGUCGUACCCCUGAAGUACUUUAAGGAGGUUCGGGGGCGCAGGCAAGGCGUUGGCGAGCUGUGGAAGGAUGGCGAGAAGGUUGCCGACCUGCCGCCAAGUGUUGUCGCGAAGGUGCCGCAAGGGAAGAGAGCACAGGGCGGCGCAGGUCGUGGCCGAGGGGGCAAGAAGACUGGAGGGAAAACUGCAGCGUAA